UCCAAAAGGCAUUUCGAACCGACUUAGUGAAUCAGUCCGUUGGACGCAGUAUUACCAGUAUCAUGGACGAAGAUGACGAUUUGUUAGCAUCCCUGGAAAUUCCUACCGUUCCGAAACAGGCCGCAGUAUCACAAGAGAAAUCUCCAACCUCCAGCACGGCCGCAUCAUCCAACACAACGGGAGUUCCUACGUCCUCCGAAACGCCGGUAAUUAUUGCAAAGGUAAACAAAAGCAACUGCAUCCUGGUCAAUCCGAAACAGCGCGGUAAUCCUCUGCUGAAAGCCAUCCAAAACAUCCCAUGGGAAUACGACGAUAUCGUUCCGGACUACGUGGUCGGGGCGAGUGCCUGCGUACUGUUCCUUUCCCUGCGCUACCACAACCUCAACCCGGACUACAUUCACGCCCGGUUGAAGUUGUUGGGCAAAAUGUACGAGCUGCGGGUGCUGCUGGUGCAGAUCGAUAUCCAGGAACCGCAGAACGCACUCAAACAUCUGACACGCAUCUGUCUGCUGGCCGACCUGACGCUGAUGUUGGCCUGGAACCCGGAAGAAGCGGGACGCAUUGUGGAAAAGUACAAACUGUUUGAGAAUCGACCGCCGGAUUGGAUUAUGGAGCGAGCGGAAAAAUAUCCCCACGAGAAGAUUGUCCGCGCGCUUACCAACAUAAAACCGGUCAAUCAAACGGAUGCAAUGAUAUUGAUUCAAAACUAUGGGACGCUUGGGAAGCUCAUCAACACCAGCGAAGAGAAGCUCAGCAUGUGCUCCGGGUUGGGGCCGAGAAAAGUGAAAAAACUGCAUAAAACAUUCAAUGAAAACUUUCGAAAAUAAGCAUACUAGCACAAUUCCUUGUAUAAAGUUCAAUCGUCAAAUAUAAGGCCUAUUUAAUUAUGUAUUGUAUUAAAUGUCGGGUG